AUGCUACGAAGUCCAUACUUUUACCUCAAUCCAACUGUUUUAAAUAAACUACUUCCAGGUACAUUCGUCAAGGGAAUUCUUUUGGAGCAAAUUCCCGAGAAGUUGAGGGAGAAGGAUGUACUGAUAGAUACAUUUAAACAGAUAGGACUGUCCUUUACAGAUGAUAAAAUUCAUAUUAUGAAGAGUAGAUUAGGGAGAAGUAUGGGUAGAGCUAUCUUGUUAACUGAUUCCAUGGACAAUCAACCGACAUCUCUUAAAAAUGACAUUGAAAAAAUCGCAAAAAUCUUACCAGAAGGUUGUAAAGUUACUUUAUGUGAUAAACAUCAUGUUAGAAUGUUUGCAGAGCAGUGUUAUCGGUUUGUAUAUUUAUCGGAAGAUUUAAGGAGAUUGGCACAUCCUGAUAAUUUACAUCGCAUCGUAACUAUAACCCCGGUACCAAGGAGUUACGGCCGUUACGAACUGGCAAAGAUAAUUUGUGAGCAUACUGGUGUUGAAAUUUACCCAGAGAAUGCGAUUUUUAGAUUCACAAAAUCUGGCUCACAAGAUACAACUGCUUGGGUCAUCACCAAUAGUGUUAAAGAUGCAAGUCAUAUUAUAUCUAAGUUCCAAGAAAUAGCUGUGCCUGAACAGUACCAAUAUAAAAGUUUAAUGGGAACAACUUUUCUUUACGCAUCCCGCUCGAAUUUAUUUUUAACUCACGAAUCACUUGAUCUAAUACCUAGGAGAAGCAAAUACCAGAUUGCAAUUUUCGGUUGGCAUGAUGAUGUAAAUGAAGAGGAGAUUGAGCAUUUACUGCGAUCUUUGAAGUUUUAUCCGAAAAAAGUGACAAAAGUACCAAUUAAAUUGCCCUCAGCCACAGAAGGAAACGAUUCUAUGGUUAUUGUCGAGUUUGACAGGAUGAGGAACACUAAAAUUGCAAUGACCCGGUUGCAAAUGCUCAAGAAACGCUGGAAAAUAUCCCCGACUGCAAAUUUUUAUGCCUAUCCUAAGUUGGCUGAUGUACAUUGGGAGGGUGAAAAUGAGAAUUCGGAUGAAGAUGAUGCAGACGAUUCGGAUUUGGAUGAACCAAUUGACUAUUAA